AUGGGCACCCAGAAAGGCGUGCCACCGACAAAUGGAAAACUCCGACAGAAGUUUCGACUUAGCAGUGCAAGAGAUAAAACGGGGCCGCUGAAGGGUAGCAUCCAUGCGAGGACCGUUACCGUCUCAGACAACCUUCGGCGUGCCAAAGAGACGCCUCGCAUUCUGCACACCCAAGGCAAGGUGGAGCCGACAGCCUUUGAUUGGAACCCGUCAGAGAAUUUCGACGGUGGAGGGGAAUAUGGGAGGGGAGUAUCACGCGAACAUGUUGAUGCUGGAGUCGUUAGAAAGCGUUACGCUGUAUCAGACACGCCAAUGCAUGAAUGGAGGCCGUACAGCCAGGAGUAUCUUAUGGAGAGACUUCGCCUAGAGGGACGUGGAGACGCGGCUGCCCUGCAAGCUUGCCCUACUUGCGGGAUUGAUGAAGCGCCCGAGUACACCUGUGACGAGUGCUUUGAGGGUCUGCUAGAAUGCCGCAGCUGCUUUCUAUCCCGACACCUCCGCAUGCCGCUGCACCGUGCUAAGCGGUGGAGUGGGGCUUACUACGAACGUGUCUCAAUGGCCGACUUGGGCCUGAGUAUACAACUUGGGCACCCUCUUGACCUUGAAUGCGUUAACCCGGAGCCUGGCCAUAAAUCCUUCACUGUGAUCCAUAACAACGGAGUUCAUAUGACCAGAUACAAGUCGUUCUUCCUCAUGGUACGCCAAUUCCGAACCGAGAGAAUGUUCAAACGUGGGGGGAGAGGGAGCAUCGAAGGACUGAUGGCUGAUACGGACAAAGGACAACUUGCUCUGAAGUGUCCAGCCUGUCCAGAGCCAGGCGUCAACUUGCCGGAGGGAUGGCAAGCGGCGAUCUCAGAAAAGAGACACCUCUACAGCCUUCUUGUCUCCCUGGACGCCAAUUUUCGCCUGAAAAAUCGUUUACGCUCCUCCGAUGAAGCCGAUCCUGGCCUUGUUACAGGUCUAGCGUACUUUGUCGAGCCUGCGGCAUAUGCCACACAUCUGAAGAAAUACUCAGAGCAGAAAGACACAAGUAAUUGCAGUGGCUUCAAAACCCUGGCAGCCGCUGAGUCCAAGUUUUCAGCUGGAAUGAGAGCGACGGGCGUCGGGAUGUGUGUUUGCUCUCGACACGAGAUGGUCAGGCCUUUGGGGAUUGGAGACCUACAAAAGGGAGAAAGAUACUGCAAUAUGGACUGGAUUCUACUCAGUGCCAUCAACUCAUUCUCCCUUUUUGUGCUCUACAUAAUAUACGACAUCGCCUGCCAAUACAAGAUCCAUUUCAAGGACCGGAUGGCUGCUUUACCCGAGGCAAUGCGACUCCCGGAAGGCCUGGCACCGUACUUUGCGAUUCCGAAGUGUCACUGUCCGGCGCAUAAACAGGAGUGCCAAACUCCUCACUCGCUCAACCUAAUGCCAGGGGUGGGCCGGACAGAUGGAGAAGGAAUUGAACGUGAUUGGGCAGCGCUCAACCCAGUCGCCAACAGUACCAAAGAGAUGGGUCCCGGGGGUCGUCACGAUACCUUAGAUGACCACAUUGCCCAUCACAAUUGGCGAAAGCUAGCAGGUCUUGGAGAUACUUUGCACCGCAGACUCUGGGUUGCAAUCGCCGAGAGCUCACGACAAACAAUACUAUUUCAGGAAUUCACCUCGUCUAUUGAGGUCCGCGACAAGGGGAUUAUCGAGGGGUGGACCAGAAUGGUGAUGGAUUGGGAAGUUGACAAGACGAAGCCAAACCCGUACGAAGUUGCUAAGCAACACUCAGCGAAGUCGCAGAAGGACGUUCGCUUGGAGUUGAUAGAAGAGGAACGGAAGGUUCUGUCGACACACAAGACAACACCAACAACAUUUCUUACCACGUCAAUGGAUAUAGAAGAUGCUCAGCGGAAGGUUCGCAAUGCUCGCAAUCAGCUAGACAUGACCCCAGCACAAGCGGAAGACCUUCAAAAACGUCGCCUUACCAUUCAGCGUUCCCUCACCCGGAUCCGCACUGCACAGCGUAUUUACAUGCCAAUUCUAGUGGCACUCGAUGACGACUCCGAAGAUGAACCAAGCCAACGUGACAUUGAAGACGAGCCUGUCUGGCUUCCAUCAUUACUCAAUACGGACCAGCGAGCGACAUGUUCCUCAGCACUUGUGGAGAAAGAGGAUCGUCUUCGGGAAGCACAGUGCCAUGACGCCCUCGACAGCAUCCGUUCGCUCCAGCGAGGAAAGGCUCAAUAUAUCAUAUACAAGAAUCGCAAUGUCCGAGGCCAGCGGCCAAGUACCAGAGCCCGUGCAUCACUGGAUCGCCUUGAUGAGAAGAUCCAGCUAAAGGCUGCACAGUACCGAGAUGCGCAUCAAGCCCUUGUUAGGCUCCGGGGUACCGGCGACUGGGAGUCAACACUUCGCCCCCUCUCGGAAGAAGAUCUUCGUCCGCCAGCUGCCUUUGACAUUGACGACCCUGACGACACAUAUGGUCCCGAUGGACGUCGGAAAAGCAAAAAGAAGAUGAAGGAGAUUGAGUUGAGGCUUGGGGAGGGGUAUAAACAUACCUCAUGGGUGUGGGCCGCUGGGGCUGCCCUGCCGGAUGACGAGGAUCUGGAAACCAGCGAUAUUAGUGAUGUGGUUCGAGUUGAGUGGGCCAAGGCACGAGCACGUUCCCAGCGUUGGCAAGAAGAAGUUGCCCUGCUCCAAGAAGAAAUGCGGCGUACUCGUGUAUCGCUGCAGGCACGAGCUGAGUGGUGGUCCCAAACUACGCAACCAGUGCCUGGGUCCGAUUUGGCAACUCUCAAAGGUGCGGAGGCCUAUGCAAAACGCCAGGCAGCCGUGUACGUCGCGCUCAAAGACCAUUUCACAUACCUAUGGGAACAGCCACUACGCAAACGGCUACGGACAAAGCCUAUCGCCGUGAUCACGCUCUCCGGAGCCAUUGAGGGCCACGACGACGAGUGUGAAGAAGAUGAGGAGGACACCCAGCCGGCCUCUAAUGAUGCUACCAAAUUCACCCCAUUCACAGCCAGCAACAACCCACAUCCAAGGGGCGAUUCUACCGGUGAACCAACGCUCCCCCCGCCGCCUGACGAUGCUCCCCCGCCACCACGCAACGAUGAUCCCCUGCUGCCGUGUGACGAUGAUCCAGCCGUUUUGUCCCCUACCAUGUCUGCAGAGGGCUCGAGUACCCCCAUGGACUUGGACUAA